AUGUCUCAGUUCUUCCUUGCCGGCAAUGGCAGCGAGCAUGAGCCCUACAAAUGGCAGGAUCAAGUGCGCAAGCAAAGCCAGCGAGACUUCCAGGUUCAGAUCAUUGUCUCCGUGGUGUUCGGCCUCAGCGCAUUUCUAGCGUUCUGUAUCCUCCGGCCAAAAUGGUCGACCCUUUACCAUGCGCGCAAGGAGCAGUCGACUGCCGCUUCUCGAUUGCCCGAACUACCCAAUACGCUGUUCGGUUGGAUCCCCGUUGUCAUGGGUAUAUCUCAAGAGGAAGUGCUUGCAUCGGCUGGCCUUGAUGCAUAUGCGUUCUUGUCCUUCUUUCGCUAUGCAAUCAAGUAUCUGAGUGUGAUUUGGUUCUUUGCAGUCGCUGUCAUACUGCCAGUCAACUCGCGAUACACUGGAGAUGCACUUUUUCCAGGCCUGGAAAGAGGCAAUGAGACGCACCGUGACGUCGACAGCCUUCUGUACGUGUUCGCUGACGACGAAAAGAAACCGAGUAUACCGAAACCACCCAAGGACACCACCUAUCUCUGGAUGUACGUCGCAUUCGCCUACUUCUUCACCGCUGUGGCUCUCUAUCUCCUGAUAAACGAGACUAAGCACAUCAUCAAGAUUCGGCAAGCGUAUCUCGGCACACAAGCGACUGUCACGGACCGUACACUCAGGCUGUCCGGGAUUCCAAAGGAAAUGAGGUCGGAGGACAAGGUGAAAGACUUCAUUGAGGAUCUCGGAAUCGGGAAAGUCGACAGCGUAAUGCUGUGUCGCAACUGGAAAAAACUCGACGAGCACAUGGCUCAGCGCAUGCAGUAUCUGCGGAGGCUCGAAAAGGCCUGGACUGCUUACCUUGGUCAUCAUCACUCUUUGCGGCACACGCGCCAUCGCCAUCGCAGACGGGAGAACGGGUAUGGUGAACAGGAUGCCAGCCUACUAUCCGAAUCAGAGAUGGAGUCUGCUCACGCCCAUUCAAUCGAUCGUGCGAGACCCACUCACACCAUUCGAUACGGGCCGCUAUACAUCUACAGCAAACAAGUCGACGCCAUCAACUACUGGGAGGAGAAGCUACGCCGGACCGACGAGCGCAUCAAAGUGUUGAGGAACGAAGAAUAUGAACCGACGCCCUUGGCUUUUGUGACUAUGGAGUCGACCGCAGCCUGCCAAAUGGCUAUUCAGGCGAUUCUGGACCCUCAUCCGGGAACAUUUAUUGCCAAUUUGGCGCCACCACCGGUCGAUGUGGUCUGGAAGAACACCUAUCUCUCACGCAAUGCCCGAAUGGCAAGAGCCUGGUCCAUCAUGAUUGGGAUAGGAUUCUUGACCAUAUUCUGGGCGGUUCUACUUGUCCCAAUUGCCGGUCUACUCAGCAUCGAAGUUAUCGAUAAGAUCCUUCCUGGUCUCGCCGACAUUCUUGAAGCCCACAAAUUGGCUAGAUCGCUUGUCUCGACCAGUUUGACGACCCUCGUCUUUUCUCUGCUCACUAUAGCCGUGGCUUAUCUGUACGAUUGGCUUGCCAACCAGCAGGGAAUGACUUCCCAGGGUGACGUCGAGCUCUCGGUCAUCUCCAAGAACUUUUUCUUCGUCUUCUUCAACCUGUUCAUCGUCUUCACAAUCUUCGGCUCAGCGUCGACAUUCUUUGAAUUCUGGCAAGAUUUUAAGGAAAUCAUUCGCGACGCGGGUGCCAUUGCGAACACGAUCGCGAACUCGCUCGAAUCGCUCUCACCGUUCUAUACCAACCUAAUCGUCCUGCAAGGCCUCGGGCUGUUUCCGUUUCGUCUCCUGGAAUUCGGCACCGUGGCUCUCUAUCCCUUCUAUCUUCUCGCGGCAGCCACACCACGCGACUACGCCGAACUCGCGUCGCCACCGGUGUUCAGCUACGGCUUCUUCCUCCCACAAUCUAUGUUGAUAUUUGUCAUCUGUACAGUGUACUCAUUACUCCCGGCAUCCUGGACUAUCGUCCUCUUUGGUCUCAUCUACUUCGUUAUCGGCCAAUUUAUCUACAAGUACCAACUGCUGUACGCCAUGGAGCACAGGCAGCAGUCUACUGGUCGCGCUUGGCCGAUGAUAUGCAAUCGUAUCAUUCUCGGUCUCGUCAUCUUCCAGAUUGCCAAUACUGGUAUCCUCGUUCUGAGGAAGGCUUUCACUGCGUCGGUGUUCAUCGUGCCACUCAUUGUUGCGACCGUCUGGUUUACUGUGUACUUCCAGCGUACAUACUUUCCUCUAAUGCGUUUCAUCGCACUCCGAAGUAUUGACAAGCCACCUCCGCCACCACUGCCCAUACCCCAUGAGAAUCCUUGGGACCGAGACACCGAUCGUGGCAGGCUUGUGGACGAUAGCGAAGAGACUGGUCUGCGUUAUGUCAACCCUAACCUCGUCGUACCCUUGGAGACAAUGUGGGUGCGGAAGCCUGGACAUGAUAUCAGUGAAGGUAAUGAUGGAGUCGAGGAUGGGGUCGCGUGA